AUGGCCUCUAUUCGCGUUCUUUCCUUCGAUGCUGAGGGCCGUCCCGUGCAGUUCACUUCCUGGCUCGACGACCUGCAGUUGUAUCUUAUGAGCAAUAGCACGGACCACAUCUCCCUCUAUGACUACGCGUCUGGUGCUGCCGCUGCUCCUGCUGCCACAGCCGAGCUUAGUGUACGUUCACAGUGGCAGACUCGUGACGCUGCAGCUCGCCUGGCUAUUCGCAGUCACCUGCCGUUAGCUGAGCUAGAGCACUUUGGCGACUGCAAAACCGCUAAAGCCCUAUACGACGCUGUCGUUGCUCGCUACUCCUCACCUGCCACAGCCGAGCUUAGCCGUCUCAUGCUGCCUUACCUGUUCCCUGACCUGUCCACCUUUGCUACAGUCGCCGAUCUUAUCACCCACCUUCGCACUAGUGAUGCUCGCCUGCGUGCCGCCCUUCCCACCGAGUUCUGCGCUAAGAACCCCCUCCUCUUGCGCGACUAUUUCCUUGCUCGCUGUCCCACUGAGCUCACUGUCGCCCUCCUAGAGGAGAAGCUGCUAGCAGCCGAGAAGAGCAUUGUAGCUGUAGGUGCUGCUCGCGGCGCUCCUCGCACCCCCAUCUUUGAGGGGUGCUCUCCCUCUCCCCUCGCUCCCUCCUAUGCUACUGCUGCUGCUGUUGACUUCCUUGGUGCUGAGUCUGCUGGCGCUGCUUCUGCUCCUGGUGGGAGGCGCCGCACCGGCAAGGGCAAGGGGGGCAAGGGUGGCGGGGGUGGCGCUGGGGGGGGAGGGGGUGGGGGAGGUGGGGGGGGAGGCGGUGCUGGAGGGAGCGGUGGCGGGAGUGCCGGUGGGAGUGGGGCCGGCGGCGGAGGCGGGGGCGGCGGCGGGAGCAGUGGCGGUGGUGGCAGCGGCGGCAGUGGCGGCGGUGGCGGUAGUGGCGGUGGCGGUGGCGGUCGGAGCGGAGGUAGUGGCGGCGGUGGAGGUCGGAGUGGAGGCACCGGCUCGGGCCAGAGCUCCCAGCAGCAGCAGCGUCCCCAGUCGACCCAGCAGCUUCAUACGAGGACGACGAGGACGCGGCGAGCAGCAUUUGGCAACAACCUUGCAGAUCGCGUGAGGUCACAGGUCGCGCGAGGUCGCAGGUCGCGCUGGUCGCGUGAGGUCGCUGGUCGCGCGAGGUCGCUGGUCGCUCGACGACCGGUUAGAAUUGGAGGUGGAGGAAAAGGAGAAGACAUCGAAGGAGGGGGAAGAAUAAUUGGGGGAGGAGAAAAAUGGAUUGGAGGAUUGGAGGAGGAGAGAAAAAGAAUUAGAGGAGGAAGAGGAAUUGGAGGAAAAAGAGAAGAAAUUGGAGGAGGAAAAAAAAUUGGAGGAGGAAAGAAAAUUGGAGGAGGAAAAGGAAUUGGGGGAGGAGAAAAAGGAAUUGGGAAUUGGCGUCCUAGGAGGAAAUUGUUUGCGCCCCCGUGUCCGCGCGCCCGCUGUAUGACGAUUCUGGGGGGGGGCGAAGGUGGAGAGAUGGGCGAACCAUAG